CCCCUCCCAAUGCACUGAGGACGCAUAACAGCUCCCCAAAAAACAUUCGACUCCGAUCUCUACUGCGACCUGCACUCUCCAUACCUUCUUCCUUGCAGUCGCUUUGUCUGGCGAUGGGAACGAUUAUACGUCUUUUUCUUCUGCUUCUUCUUUGCAUGGCCGUUCAUUCACACCGCGGUUCGGAUGCCAGUUGGCUACUGCUUGGAGGGCACCAAUUUCAGACCGAGUGUAGGUUUCCGGCUCCGUCUGUGUCGACGUUGGGAUUGGAAGGGCGAUCGGCCACGGAGUCACUUGGUCAACCCGUAAGCGGCAAGGGAUCUGAGCUUGCAGACAGCCACGGCGAUCGUGAGAAGGGGGGGAGGGUGCUCGAAACAGCCGCAGCAACGGAGGGUCCAGAGGCGUUGGUUGUGCUGAACUCAGAAGUGCUGACUCUUGAAGGGGACAUCCACGCGGGCCUCUCUCUCGAACAAAAAGGCGUUAUUCUCGACCUGGCCCUUUCGUCGGACGGUAAGUCGGUUUACUCGUUGCAAUUCAAACAUGUGGACAUGUCGUCGCCACCAGGAGCGGAUGGCGGCGGUUCCCUGGGCGCUUAUGAGGAUUUGUGCCAGCUGCGCACGACCGGGAACCUUAAUGGCUUAGCCGUAUUUCCGUCCCGUCGCGCAAGCACGAAAUCAGGGGGCGCCGAUGUACCGUCGGCGGCAUCUUCGGCAGCAGCAGCAGCUGAACCGGAUGCAGUGGCUUCGACGGGCGGCGGCGAGGAGGGAACAGACCUUGUCUUAGUGAAUGGGUACAUGGACGGCAAAGGAGGAAACAUGUGGAGCCUAGAUCCACGCAGAGCGGAUGUCGAGUGCUCCGAGAGUCAGUUCUUGCUGGCAAAUCUCCCCGAGCCGGAGUCAAUGACGGUGGAUCGCUCGCAAGUUGUGCCAGGGCAGGAGGAGGAGGAGGAGGACCUGGAGGAGGAGGAGGAGGAGAAGGUGGUUGGCAGUAAUGAGGGGAGGUGGAUUUACGUGGUGACGCAACGAUCGCGCAUCUUAAAGAUCUGGCACAGGGCUUCUCUGAUGGCGAGAACUCGUCUUCCGUGCUCUUCGAUAAGCCUCGGAUCGGGUUCUCCUCCAUCGCCGUCUUCCGUGCUCUUCGAUAAGCCUCGGAUCGGGUUCUCCUCCAUCGCUGGCGAUGGCCGAUUCCUGUUCGUCGCUGACCGGGGGAAUGGACGGGUGAGACGCGUUGACACGAGGACAGGCGCAACCCAGACCGUUGCGAUCUUUGGUGAAUCGGAAGAGGUCAUGAUUACAGACGGCAACCCCGCGGCUGUUGCCGUCACGCGCGAUGGUCUUCAUCUCUUCGUCAUCACGAAACUUAGUCGUGCUGAUACCCGUGCAGAGAUCCAAUGGGUGAGGCUCGGAAUCGAUGGAGUUCCCGAGGGGAGAUUCACCACUGUAGCAUACCUCGCGAAUACUAUGGAAAGUCUACUUUCCAUUGCCAUCUCCGACGACUCCGGCCAUCUAUACGCGGGUGACAAUCGAGGGAGGGUGCAUAAAUUCAAGCUGAACUCCUCGGCUGUUCCUCCUCCCAACUCGUCUGACGUGGAAGGUAGUGUGGAUUUGAGGAACCGGCGGAGUCAUUACUCGGGAGCGUUGACGGUGGUAGUCACGUCGAGGAUCGUUGUGUGCGUCGCGGCGAUGAUCGUAAUUGUCUUGGAGAAGCUUAGAGAGGCUAACUUCAAGAUCAACGCGAAGAAGUGCGAGUGGGCCAAGACGCAAGUCUUAUACUUGGGCCACGUGUUGGACGGAGAUGGCAUUAAGCCAGAGGACAGCAAGAUCGCGGCGAUCAGAGAUUGGCCGACGCCCCGCACAUUGACAGAGUUGCGGUCGUUCCUAGGUUUAGCUAACUACUAUAGGAAGUUCGUAAGGAAUUUCUCUACUAUUGCCGCUCCCUUGCGCAGGUUGCUAAAGAAAGAGGCAAUCUGGCAAUGGGACAAAGACUGUACGUCUGCGCUCAAGAAGCUAAAGCGCGCGUUAAUAGAAUAUCCUGUCCUCAAAGUUGCAGAUCCGUCUUUGCCAUUUGUCGUCACCACGGACGCGAGUCAGUAUGGGAUAGGCGCCGUGUUGCAGCAAGAUGACGACAAUGGUUAUAGACCCGUAGAGCUCAUGUCAGCGAGGAUGCCCUGUGAGAAGGUUGCUACCUCCACGCACGAGAGAGAACUCUACGCUCUCAGGCAGGCUUUAGACCAUUGGAAGCAUUACCUGCUUGGGAGGCACUUCAAAGUCUAUUCGGACCACGAAACGCUUAGAUGGCUAAAGACCCAGGCCAAGAUGACACCUAAGUUGACUAGGUGGGCCGCAGAGAUAGACCAAUUCGACUUUGAGCUCAAGCCAGUGAAGGGCAAGUACAAUGUAGUGGCGGAUGCUCUAAGUAGGAGAUCAGACUACUUUGGGGCCGUAGAGAGGAGGAUGCAGUUUGGGUAGAGAAAAAAAAAAAAAAAUCAUUUUCUGAGGUGUUGCCUGUUCAACGACACAAUGAAGGCAAAUUUCUUCU